UUGCUAGCGAUAAGGAGCCCACUGUAUUGACCGAUGGGGUGUAUUCAGAUUUAGUCGAUCUAAUCGAUAUAACCUUGAACAGAUUUGGACAAAGCAGACAGAGGGCUGACAGGAAUUAAAAUGUAGUCAGCAUUUUCCAGCUCAAUCUACAGCGCAAGUUAUAUGUGGCAGGUGUAACUGAUGAUAAGACCUCCAUUUGCAAACGUAGAGUCCUAAACUGUAGUGUUGCCAUGGCAUUAUUCAUGAUUUCCAGUUCACUUUCUUUUGGGGGACAAGAGAAGAAUUCUUGAAGAUUAAUUAGUCCUGAAAAUGGGGAAAUACGAUCUCUAAUAGACUGCACCUGGGUAUAAUGGACAAGACAGAGGAUAUUCUAAUCUUUAUAAUUGAAUGAGCCUGGGUUGAAUUAAAGAGGCUUCUUUCUCUCACUGGCGAACGCACCAUCUUUCCAGUUGUGGAUAGAUGAAAAGCAACAAUGUAUUAGCACUGGUUUGCUCAAAAACAGGGUUAUUCUUUUCUCUCGUCAACUCUAAGGUUGUUACUGCUUGACUCCCCUUUGCCAUGGUUGAACACUAACAGUCAGUCACAAGCAGUCCCCGAGGCAAGCUGAUAUCCAGGAUCUCCUUUGAUGAUGCAGUCAAGACUCUGCAUUCCGGAAAUCUGCGGAAUAAAAUAGAAGAAUUAUUGUAAAUUGGCGAGGUGAACGCUGGAAAUUUUCAACCGAGCUACGACCACUCCCGGGAAAGGAUUCUGCCUUGUUCCUGGACUUUCCCAAAUAGAAGGAUAGGGAAAAUGGCUUCCAUGUUGCUUCAUCGGGCUGUCCAACAGAACUGCAGGCUGUUUGUACCUGGAUGCAGGCAAAUCAGCCAAGCUGCGGCCAAAGUUGACGUCGAUUUGGAUUACGAAGGGCCACUGAUGAAGACUGAAGUUCCAGGGCCAAAGUCCAGAGAGUUAAUGAAAGAGCUGAAUAAAAUCCAGAACGCAGAAGCCGUGCAUUUCUUCUGCAACUAUGAAGAGAGCCGCGGUAACUACCUGGUGGACGUCGAUGGCAACCGGAUGUUGGAUCUUUAUGCGCAGAUUUCAUCUAUUCCCAUAGGUUACAGCCAUCCCGCUCUGAUAAAGAUCCUACAGCAGCCUCAGAAUGUGAGCACUUUUAUCAACAGACCUGCCCUGGGAAUCUUGCCCCCAGAAAAUUUUCCUGACAAGCUCAAGGAAUCCUUGCUUUCAGUGGCACCCAAAGGGCUAUCCCAGAUCGUCACCAUGGCCUGUGGAUCCUGCUCCAAUGAAAAUGCCUUCAAAACCAUAUUCAUGUGGUACAGGAACAAGGAGAGGGGUCAUGGUAGUGCCACCAAGGAGGAGCUAGAGUCCUGCAUGAUUAACCAGCCCCCAGGUUGCCCAGACUACAGUAUUCUUUCCUUCAUGGGUGCAUUCCACGGGAGGACUUUCGGUUGCUUAGCUACCACUCACUCAAAACCCAUUCACAAGCUAGACAUCCCCUCCUUGGACUGGCCAAUUGCUCCUUUUCCCCGGCUGAAGUACCCCCUGGAAGAUUUUGUGAAAGAGAAUCAACAGGAGGAAGCUCGCUGUUUGGAAGAGGUGGAAGAUCUGAUCGUGAAGUACCGGAAGAAGAAGAGGACCGUGGCUGGCAUAAUCGUCGAGCCGAUUCAGUCGGAAGGCGGGGACAACCACGCUUCUGAUGAUUUCUUUAAGAAGCUGAGAGAUAUUGCCAGGAAGCAUGGCUGUGCCUUUUUGGUCGAUGAGGUGCAGACCGGAGGCGGCUGCACUGGGAAGUUCUGGGCCCAUGAGCACUGGGGCUUGGACGACCCGGCCGACGUGGUCUCCUUCAGCAAGAAGAUGAUGACCGGAGGCUUCUUUCACAAGGAGGAGUUCCGGCCCAAUGCUCCUUUUCGAAUUUUUAAUACUUGGCUUGGAGACCCUUCCAAGAAUCUGCUGCUUGCUGAAGUCAUCAACGUCAUUAAAAGGGAGGACCUCCUGAAUAACGCGGUCCAUGCAGGGAAAGCGUUGUUGACCGGGCUCCUGGAUUUGCAGGCCCGGUACCCACAUCUCAUUAGCAGAGUGAGGGGGCGAGGAACUUUCUGCUCAUUUGACACUCCGGACGAUUCGACAAGGAACAAGCUCAUUUUAGUAGCUCGAAACAAAGGUGUUGUGCUCGGGGGCUGUGGCGAUAGAUCCAUCCGUUUCCGCCCGAUGCUGAUCUUCAGGGAUCACCACGCUCACCUGUUCCUCAACAUUUUCAGUGACAUCCUAGCAGACUUCAAGUAAUCGGGCAUAUAUUCCCAGCGCCCCGACCAGGCCCAGGGGGCCAGAAUGACCGGUCUGAUUAGUUUGCCUAAUUCAUGUUUUCACUUCCAAUACAAAAGGUGAAUCCAUAAGCUCGGUGGUAGUUUGGGUGGGUUUGUUUCUGUUUGUCGCUGUGGAGGGUGGGGGGCGGGGAGAUUGAAGUUGGUUUUGUUGUUUUGUGCCCCACUAGCCAAAGAAACCUUCUGGUUGAAAUGGGAAAUUUCUGUAAGAGUUGGGACCCAGGGGUUGGCAGCUUCCCCAUUUCGCCGACCCCGACCCCCCAAAACAUUUAUCUUUGGAAUUCGUUAGAGGAUCGAGCCCUUCCAAGAAGGGAGGAAGGGGAGGGCAGAGGGGAACUACUGGGUUCUAGUCCAAUUUGGCUACCAAAUUUCUCUGGAGCCCAAGACGCUUCCUUAAUUUCUGCCCUCAGUUUUUCCAAUUGCGAAAGAGGGAUCAUUCUUAUCCAUCCCCAGGAAGGAAAAUUGUCGGAUCAAGGUAAAGCCCUUAGGGGGCAAGAGGAUCAGGAUGGAAAAGUGAAGGGCUUGGGAGAGGGAGCAUUGGAGAGAGGAGAGUUGCCCUUUUGUCCUGCUCUGCCUUGCCCUGCUGGUUGUUGGCACGGAGGUCAAAAGGCACCAUUGUUUGAGUUUUCCCAUUUGGGUUUAGGAAGGUGGAGGGGAGGGGGCCAGGUUCCAAGACCCUUGAGCCUUCCUCCAGGAUCUCCAGCACUUCCUCCGGAGUUAAGGGUAAAGAGGGCCGUGAGAGAAGAGAGGCAGGAACCUGAAGCCUCAGGGCAAAGGUCCCGGACCACCUCAGACCCCCAACCCCGCCAGCGAUUCCAGUCGGGAGUGGGUGGAUUCCGAGACUGCGGGUCCGCUUAGUCCUCUUGGCACCGAUAACCUGUCCGGGAGGGAGCGAGGGGGGAGUUUUCUUCCACUGUCCACUAACGCACCCCAUCUACCUUUCUCGACUGCUUCAUAUCUGCGGAGCUCUGCGGAGCGAGUGUGUCGCUUGCUGAGAUUUCUUCUAGAGAGAAGCCCCCGUAUCCGAGAGAUUUAUUUGCUAUGUGCACCUGGGCUGUAAAUGGGGCACAGCCACCUGUGUGUCUCUGGGUUUCUGUUUUGUGGGGCUCCACUCUAUGUGCCAUUCCGAUCAUCUGGAAAGAUAUUUUCUUAAGAUGGAUUUGAUGACUCUAUGCCAGUGUUGGUUUCAUUCAUUCAUUCAAUCGUAUUUAUUGAGUGCUUACUGGGUGCAGAGCACUGUACUAAGUGUUUAUACUCUUUUUGCCUAAUUGGGUUGGACCAGGAACAAUUUCCCAAGCCAGUGAGCACUGCUGAGUUUUAGAAAUAUUUUGAACCGACAGAUUCACUAUAGACAAUUAUUUUCCUAAGUAGUUCCAUCCAGAGGGAGCGGUAGCUAAUGGUUAGAGAAAGAAAUGGCUAGUUGGUGUUCUGGCUAAUCUCCCUGGAUCUCGCUGACUGAUUCACCGUGAGGUCUAGCGCCAAGCUGCUUCGACAACAUUCCCAUUCAGAAGAAUGGGCGAGAAUCAAACCCCUGGCUUCCUUUAACAUUUCACCCAGAGACUCCGCAGGUAUUUUUUGUUAAGGGCCCAGGAGCCAGCCAAUUUUCCCAUGUGUGAGAAUGUUUUAGAGUCUCCCAAGCUUUCCCAGCUAGUUCUGUUGGGCUCGGCCCCUUGGGUCCGAUGAUCUCCGUGUGCCAUUUCCGAGGAUUCUACUGUCCCACCCCUUUAGAGCUGUCUUAGGGGAUGCUGCCACGGUUCUGGCACGUGAUCUUAUUCUGUUUUCAUUCGUUAGAGAGCCAAGGAACACCUGUUUUAUUCUGGAGUAAAGCAACACAGACGGAUUGACAAAUAAUUAAAGGAUAGGGUGUACCUUAAAAUGGACCCCUGUGGGGGAAAAAAUAACCGGUGGGAAGUCGGAAGAAAAAUCCUUUACCUGUCCAAAGACGCAGGCUUGUGAAAGACUGACGUUGUCUCGGACGGAGCAGGCGUGCUGAAGUUCAGAGCAAAUCAGGUGAGGGUGCGCUUCAUUUGCCCACGAGCUGGAAAUUAGUUCCGAAAACAUAUCAGUGCAGUAGAUUUUAGUAAACGUCACUAGCAAGUCUUGUACUUUUACAGAAUCCAAGGUCCAGUGAUUAUCACAUCCUCACUUUUAUUAUAAAUGGGUGUUUUUUAUAAUUUUUACUGACACUCAGUAACCAUGUAAAAUUGUGCACUGCUAUAUAUAUAUAUAUACAUUUAUAUCUAUAUAUACGUGCGGUAUAUAUAUAGAUAUGUAUUUAUCAGAUCGCGGUUGAAAAAUGACCUAGGGAACACUACAUACCUAAGCAUAAUAAAGUGAUAUUGUUUACAGCAUUCUGUGGCCAGUGCCAAAUAAAUGUCGAUGAAACUAAUUGCACUUCACGAUGUAACUGGUGUCCAUCCACACGAUUCCAUGAGUUAAAUCCAUCUCCUGUGUCAAUCGGUAUUCUUAAAUAAAAUGUUUCUAAUUGAAUCAC